UUUGCAAUGUUUAGCACAGUCUGGCAGCACGUAGCUUUUUUUUAGUUGGAAAAAGUGAAUUGUACAAACGGUAAAAAAUCGACAAUUUAGUUAAAUUAAAAUUAAAAACAUUGCAAAUAAAAAUUAAUAAUACAAGCGUAGCAAUAAACAACUACUGAAAACAGAUUGAUUUAUAUAUAUAUAUUUAUAUAUAGACAGACAUUUUAUAUCUCACCCAUAAAUUGUAAACACUUGAUUUGCCAAAAUUCCGACCAAAACACCCAAGACAAGAUCAGCAGCCAAACGACGCAAUCAGGACAGUCAAUCCACGUCCCAGUCGCAUGCGCCAGUUGUCAUUCAACAGCAGCAGCAGCAGCAGCAACAACAGCAGCAACAUCGACAACAGUUGGAAGGCAAACGAGAUUUGCCAUCGGCUGCCAAAAUGAAUCGAUCGAGCAAUUCUCAAACUACACAGCGUCUGGUCAAUUUGGAUGAUAUAUGGAACGAGCUGGAAGGGGGCAUACGGCAAAUAUUCGAGCAUGAAAAAUCGCUAACUCGCAAACAGUAUAUGCGUUUCUAUACGCACGUCUACGACUAUUGCACGAGCGUUAGCGCCGCGCCGAGUGGACGCAGCAGCGGCAAGGCUGGCGGUGCUCAGUUGGUGGGCAAGAAAUUGUACGAUCGCUUGGAGAUCUUCCUGAAGAACUAUUUGGAAGAUCUGCUGACCACCUUUCAGUCGAUUAGAGGCGAAGAGGUUCUACUGUCACGCUAUACACGACAAUGGAAAUCAUAUCAGUUUUCCAGCACCGUCCUGGAUGGCAUUUGCAAUUAUCUCAAUCGUAAUUGGGUGAAGCGUGAGUGCGAGGAGGGCCAGAAGGGCAUCUAUAAGAUCUAUCGACUGGCUCUUGUCGCCUGGAAGGGUCAUCUCUUCCAGGUGCUCAACGAGCCGGUGACCAAGGCGAUACUCAAAUCCAUUGAGGAGGAACGAAAUGGCAAGCUAAUCAAUCGUGCCCUCGUCCGGGAUGUCAUCGAGUGCUAUGUGGAGUUGAGCUUCAAUGAGGACGACAGCGAUGGCACCGAACGCAAGUUAUCGGUCUAUAAAGACAACUUCGAAGCGAAGUUCAUAGCCGAUACGUACGCCUUCUACGAGAAGGAAUCGGAUGCGUUCCUAUCCACCAACACGGUCACCGAAUACAUGAAACACGUCGAGAAUCGUCUCGAAGAGGAGAAGCAACGUGUUCGCGGUCCCGAGUCAAAGAAUGCUCUUUCCUACCUGCACGAGACAACGUCAGAUAUAUUAAAAUCCACAUGUGAACAGGUUCUGAUUGAUAAACAUUUGAGAUUAUUCCACACCGAGUUCCAGAAUCUAUUGAAUGCCGACAGAAAUGAUGACCUGAAACGAAUGUAUUCUCUGGUCUCGUUGUCGGCGAAAAAUUUGGAGCAAUUGAAGAAAAUACUGGAAGAUCACAUAUUGCAACAGGGCACAGAAGCUAUUGAAAAGUGUUGCACGAGCGAUGCGGCCAACGAUCCGAAGACUUAUGUACAAACCAUACUCGAUACACACAAAAAGUAUAAUGCGCUCGUCCUAACGGCAUUUGACAAUAACAACGGAUUCGUGGCGUCGUUGGACAAGGCGUGCGGCAAAUUCAUUAACUCAAAUGUGGUGACAAAGCCAAAUAAUGCUGGCAAAUCGCCCGAGCUGUUGGCCAAGUAUUGCGAUCUAUUGCUCAAGAAGUCAUCGAAGAACCCUGAGGAUAAGGAGCUAGAGGAUAAUCUAAAUCAAGUGAUGGUCGUCUUCAAAUAUAUCGAGGAUAAGGAUGUCUUCCAGAAGUACUAUUCAAAUAUGCUGGCAAAGCGGUUAGUCAGCCACUCGUCUGCAUCGGACGAUGCUGAGGCAAUGAUGAUCUCCAAGCUGAAGCAGACAUGCGGCUAUGAAUACACCGUGAAGCUGCAGCGCAUGUUCCAGGACAUUGGCUUGUCCAAAGACUUGAAUGCCUAUUUUAAGGAGUACCUGAAGACACAAAAUAUAACAUCGGAAAUCGACUUUGGCAUCGAGGUGCUGUCCACCAACGCAUGGCCCUUCACGCAAAAUAACAACUUUCUAUUGCCCUCGGAAUUGGAGCGAUCGGUGCAACAGUUUACCAUAUUCUAUUCGGCACGACAUUCGGGUCGCAAAUUGAACUGGCUAUAUCACAAAUGUAAGGGUGAACUGAUAAUGAAUGUGAGUCGCAGCAAUUCGGUCUAUACUCUCCAAGUGAGCACGUUCCAAAUGUCGGUGCUGUUGCAAUUCAAUGAUCAGCUCAGCUUCACAGUGCAGCAGCUAUGCGACAACACGCAAUCUCAGCUGGAGAACUUGAUACAGGUAUUGCAAAUACUCCUCAAGGCCAAACUGUUGACCUCAGCUUCCAGCGAAAAUGGCUUGACACCCGACUCAACAGUCGAAUUGUAUUUGGAUUAUAAGAGCAAGAAGCGUCGCAUCAAUAUCAAUCAUCCAUUGAAGACUGAGUUGAAAGUGGAGCAGGAGACUGUCACCAAACACAUUGAGGAGGAUCGCAAACUUCUGAUUCAAGCGGCGAUCGUACGCAUCAUGAAAAUGCGCAAACGUCUCAAUCAUACAAAUCUUAUAUCGGAGGUACUAAACCAGCUGUCGACGCGAUUUAAGCCGAAUGUGCCCGUUAUUAAGAAGUGCAUUGAUAUACUGAUUGAGAAGGAAUAUCUGGAACGCAUGGAGGGAGCGAAAGACACCUAUAGCUAUCUAGCCUAAGCUCAUCUUAUAUAGAUUUAUAACUAUAUAUAUAUAUGCGUUCCAAAAUUAUAUAUAUAUAUUUUGCCAGCCCCACACUAGAAAAAGAUAUCCAAGUCGGAGAUAUCGAUUAGAGAAGCCUGCCAAUAUUUUCCAAGAUCUUUCUCCCCCUCCAUAAAUUUCACUCAUCGAUUUACGCAUUUAGAAUGCGUUGCAUUUCACACUGAAUAUAUAAAAUCAUUCUAAGACUUCUUGAAUUUUGCGAAUAUGCCCUCCGCCCCACUUACCCCAUAUUUCUUUCAAGUGUGUAAAGGAAAAAAAAACAACAUUUAUAGAAAUGUGCAAGCACAGAGAAAAAAUUCAUGUAGCUCUUCAAUUCAUUCAGCUAUAAACAUAAUAAUUAAUGAGUUUUACUUUUAGUUCAUUACAUUUUUAUAAUUUCUUUCACACACUCAUACAUACAUUAAUGCAUACAUACAUACAUUUAUAAAUAUAUAUUACGGAGAGACAAAUGUUAAGUUCUACAAUCGAAACGAAAUAUAAAAGUUGAAGCAGUUAUUUAAA